AUGGGCCUGCAAGAGAUUUUCACGUUGACAAGACUGGAACUGCAAGGGAUACAUGCAGUUCGCUGGCUCUCGCGAGGCGAUGCCGUGCUGAGGCUUAUCGCCGUGCUGCCUGCUCUCAUCGUGAUGCUGAAGGAGUGGGAUGAAACCCUGUACGCGCUCGUGACAAGCUACAGGUUUCAAUUCCUCCUGUUCUUCAUUGCUGACGUGCUGGAGCAGCUCAACAUCCUCAACCGGGCUUUCCAGCACAAGGAGCUGGAUUAUGCCAGCGUCAGUGCGCAGAUCAGGCGCACAACCUCCCACAUCGAGAGCCGCUAUGUCGACUGCGGCGACGACUUCGGUGCUGGCUUGAGCGAGAGGUUGUCUCCUUUCCUCGCGCGUCAUGGGCCUGGAUGUAACAAGGAGGUGAUUGCUGAGGGUGUGGACUCCGACAGGCGCCCCACACGCUUCAAAUUCAAGCUGCAUGAGGACGCCCUGGAGGAGUUCGAGGGUCCCGCAAAUCACGAUGGCUGCGUGGACGUGUGCACCCAGUUCGCGGAGAAGAUCGUCCACGAGCUGGAAUCGCGGCUUGGCGACCUGGAGGGAAUGUCAGGGGCGAAGCUGUUCACCCCUGAUGAGUGGCCACUGGAACGUGGAGAGAGGAAUAUGAGAUGCCUCCAGUGGCUGGGGUCCCUCGUCACACUGUUCAAGGCCGACGAUUGUGACGAAAUUCUGCCAGGUAAGCACCCGAACUGGGAGGAGAUCGUGGGGAUCUGGAGGAGCUACAAGAAGCGCAAGCCCCACAACAACGCUCCUAUCACUGGAGGGAAGCAACAGAACAGGUCGGGCAAGGAGCCUGUGGAAGAGGAGGUGGUCGUAGUCGACCUAGGAGAUGAUGAUGCAUGUGAUAGCGAUGAUGGACUCAAUGAUUAG